AUGCAAGAACCCGCCGCCAGUGGCUUGGUCGACCAUGGAGAGCAUUCAGAGCCGCUUGUGGACACCGAGGGACAUCUUGAUGAUGGACUUCUACUCCGGGACUUUGAAGAGCGCACCACCUUCUAUGAUGCCGUUGCGGAACUACAGACGACGCAAACGGAGGCCAAGCUGUUCUACCAGCGGUCGCGCAAUGGAAACUCUCCAUGGCCGCAGGCAACCCCAUUCGAAAGUCCGCUCAUUUUCGCAGGAUCUCGCCCGGCUACAGAGUACGGGGCUGAUUCAUUGGUUCUUGACCCAGAUGAUGCCGUAGAGGUCCCUUUCAAGCCCUUUGGAUCAACAAACCCCCUCACUCCAUCACAUCUUCACAAGCCCAGCCUUGAUACCAGCUACAUCCUCAAAGACGCAAAGGCCGCCAAUGACCCCACUGCUGGAUUGGCAGGGCAUGCACUCUUUGACACUGAGCCUCACAUAACGGCUGAGCUCGGUGCUAUCUCGAAGCAGAUUCAGCGAAUAGUUGAUACACGACGCAGGUAUAUUGCUAUUUCGUAUCAACGCCCAAACGACAACCCUAGAGAUGCCCCUGGAUGGGAAAUAUACCCCCCUCCUCCUGAACCCGCGUGGGUCCCAAGCCACGGCCAUGGCUCCAGUGAGACCGGUAAACAAGGCAUAGAGUCUUCGACAAACCCUCCUGAACGGAGGAGACCUAUCAGAAGAAGAAAGUCUGGCCACCGUAUCGGGGAUGAUUUCUGCCUAGACGACUUGCUUCCUUUGCCAGACACCAGUGACAUGACUUUCGAGCUCGACAGCGAAGGAGUCUAUCAGGUUUUCGACUCCCCGGCCACUAAGUCUCCCGCCAUACGUGUGCCUACGAUCCGGGAAUUCUACGUGGAUCUGGAGGAAAUAAUCAGAGUUUCAUCGGAUGGUCCGAGCAAAAGCUUUGCUUUUCGUCGACUCAAGUAUCUAGAGGGGAAAUUCGACCUCUAUGCUCUCCUCAAUGAAUAUCAGGAGACUGCCGAUAGCAAAAAAGUGCCGCAUCGAGAUUUCUACAACGUUAGAAAGGUGGAUACGCACGUCCAUCAUUCGGCUUGCAUGAACCAAAAGCAUCUAUUACGAUUCAUUAAGAGUAAAAUGAAGAAGUCUCCUAAUGAAGUUGUGCUCUUCCGGGAUGGCAAGUAUCUCACCUUGGCAGAGGUCUUUGCCAGCAUCAAUUUGACAGCUUAUGACUUGAGCAUCGACACUCUUGAUAUGCAUGCACACAUUGAUUCCUUUCACCGGUUCGAUAAAUUCAACCUCAAAUACAACCCUAUCGGCGAGUCGCGCCUGAGGACGAUUUUCCUCAAGACUGACAACUUCAUGCAUGGGCGCUACCUGGCCGACAUAACGAAGGAAGUGAUAUCCGACUUGGAGUCCAGUAAAUACCAGAUGGUCGAGUGGCGCAUCUCCGUCUACGGCAAGUCCAUUGAUGAAUGGGAUAAGCUUGCGGCCUGGGUUGUGGACAACAAGCUCUUUUCUCACAAUGUUCGGUGGCUGAUCCAGAUCCCUCGCCUCUACGACGUGUAUAAAGCAAGUGGUUUGAUGGAUACUUUCGAGCAAGUCGUGCGCAACAUCUUCCAACCGCUCUUCGAGGCCACAAUGGAUCCUUCGCGUCAUCCAAAGCUACAUGUAUUCCUCCAACGUGUCAUUGGCUUCGACAGCGUCGAUGACGAGAGCAAGAUCGAAAGACGGCUCUUUAGGAAAUUCCCCGUGCCCAGGGCUUGGGAUACGAAGCAGAAUCCUCCGUAUAGCUACUGGAUCUAUUUCUUGUAUGCCAACAUGACCUCGUUGAAUCACUUCCGGCGGAGUCGCGGCUUCAGCACCUUUGUUCUACGGCCUCAUUGUGGAGAAGCUGGCGAUAGCGAACACUUGGCUGUGGCAGCAUUGUGUUGUCAUAGCAUCAGCCAUGGCUUGCUGCUGCGGAAAGUUCCUUUGCUCCAGUACGUCUUCUAUCUCGAGCAAAUCGGAAUCGCCAUGUCGCCGCUGAGCAACAACGCGUUAUUCUUGGCCUAUGAACGGAAUCCUUUUCACCAGUAUUUCAAGCGUGGCCUGAACGUCUCCUUGUCCACGGAUGAUCCGCUGCAGUUUGCCUUUACCAAGGAGCCCCUGAUCGAGGAGUAUGCCGUGGCUGCGCAGAUAUAUAAGCUGAGCCCGGUAGAUAUGUGCGAGUUGGCGAAGAAUUCGGUGAAGCAGAGUGGCUAUGAGAAAUCUAUCAAGCAGCAGUGGCUGGGUCAAGAUUUCGACAAGCCUGGGAAAGACGGGAACAACAUGGCCAAGACCAACGUGCCGGAUCGCAGAGAGGAAUACCGGUACCACACGCUCCUCCAAGAGAGAGAUAUCUUGAAUCGAUAUUCCGCAUACGGUGCUGCCAAUGAGGCCGUCCCAAGCGCACCGAGAAGCGUCGAGGCAGCGGAGAGAAAAGAAAUCAAGAAGCCUUCUUCUCUAGCGGCUACGAUGCCUGAGCCCAAGGAUGUAGCGUCCGGGGGACAUGCAUCCUUCAUCGACUCUCAUGCAGCAGAGCCUCUUUUGCCUGCCAGCAGCACGGCAGGGGACCACAUUACCGGAAGCGACCCCAUGAUCUUCCCAGGCAUCCUUGCCCGGGAGCAUCGAAACAGCAGUUCGCGGAACUUGGCACUGGGCGGGUGA